GGCCCGGCCGCUCCAAGGUUCAGACUUCUCCACCCAGGUGAACUCCUCUUCCCUCAACUCCCCCACGGGGCGCGGCUCCAUGGCCGCCCCCUCGCUGCACCCCUCCCUGGGGCCCGGCAUCAGCUCCUCGCUCGGCUCCCCGGGACAGCUGCACUCGCCCAUCAGCACCCUGAGCUCCCCCAUCAACGGCAUGGGCCCGCCCUUCUCGGUCAUCAGCUCCCCCAUGGGCCCCCACUCCAUGUCCGUGCCCACCACACCCACCCUGGGCUUCGGCACCGGCAGCCCCCAGCUCAGCUCGCCCAUGAACCCCGUCAGCAGCAGCGAGGACAUCAAGCCCCCGCUGGGCCUCAACGGUGUCCUCAAAGUCCCGGCCCACCCCUCAGGGAACAUGGCGUCCUUCACCAAGCACAUCUGUGCUAUCUGCGGGGACCGCUCCUCAGGCAAGCACUACGGGGUGUACAGCUGCGAGGGCUGCAAGGGCUUCUUCAAGCGGACGGUGCGCAAGGACCUGACCUACACCUGCCGGGACAACAAGGACUGCCUGAUCGACAAGCGGCAGCGGAACCGGUGCCAGUACUGCCGCUACCAGAAGUGCCUGGCCAUGGGCAUGAAGCGCGAAGCUGUGCAGGAGGAGCGGCAGCGGGGCAAGGACCGGGCUGAGAACGAGGUGGAGUCCACGAGCAGCGCCAACGAGGACAUGCCCGUGGAGAAGAUCCUGGAGGCCGAGCUGGCCGUCGAGCCCAAGACCGAGACGUACGUGGAGGCAAAUGUGGGGCUGAACCCCAGCUCGCCCAAUGACCCUGUCACCAACAUCUGCCAAGCGGCCGACAAGCAGCUCUUCACCCUGGUGGAGUGGGCCAAGCGGAUCCCGCACUUCUCCGAGCUGCCCCUGGACGACCAGGUCAUCCUGCUGCGGGCAGGCUGGAACGAACUGCUCAUCGCCUCCUUCUCCCACCGCUCCAUAGCCGUGAAGGACGGCAUCCUCCUGGCCACCGGGCUGCACGUCCACCGCAAUAGCGCCCACAGCGCAGGGGUGGGCGCCAUCUUUGACAGGGUGCUGACGGAGCUGGUGUCCAAGAUGCGGGACAUGCAGAUGGACAAGACGGAGCUGGGCUGCCUGCGCGCCAUCGUCCUCUUCAACCCCGACUCCAAGGGGCUCUCAAACCCGGCCGAGGUGGAGGCGCUCCGCGAGAAGGUCUACGCGUCCCUGGAGGCGUACUGCAAACACAAGUACCCCGAGCAGCCAGGAAGGUUUGCCAAGCUGCUGCUUCGUCUGCCCGCCCUGCGCUCCAUCGGCCUCAAGUGCCUGGAACACCUCUUUUUCUUCAAACUCAUCGGGGACACGCCCAUCGACACCUUCCUCAUGGAGAUGCUGGAAGCCCCGCACCAAAUGACUUAGGCCCGCGGCCCGUCCUUCGCACCCGCUGGUCCGGCCGCCCCGCCCGGCUGCCAGCUGCUCUUCUCAGCCGAGCCUGUCCCGCCCCUCCUCUGCCUGGCUGUUUGGACUUGGGGGCGUGGCCUGUCACUGCUAAGCCUGAGAUGUGCUGCCACCCUCGUUGUUUUCAGUACGACUCGACUGGACCGGGCUAGUGGCCAUGCUGAGGUGGCAGCCGGAGUGGCAGGAACUGGUGUGAGCCCCGGGGGAGCCCGGGCGGCUCACGGGGUCUCAGGCCCCCGCCCCCCCGGAGCUACAGCCGUCAGAGGGUGGCUUUGUUCCGUCACUGUUGUGUUGUCGCGAGGUCCUCUGUUUGCAGGGGUCUCUCUGCCUCCUGUGUGUGCUGGCGACCUGCCAGCCCGGCCUCACCCACAAUCGGGAGGAGGGGACAGGUGGGGGGGGUUGGCAUUUCAUUGCAAAAGACCCCACCUGCCCCCUGUGGGAAGGCGGGAGGGGCUCCGGGGCAAGCAGCCUUGUCUCCCCUCAGAAUGAAGGGUGAGCAACCCCUGUUUCCAAAGAUAACUUUCAACUUUGUCCCCGAGCCAAUCAGAACAGAAGCCGACCUCUGUGCAGGGUUUUGGGGCCACCUCAAGGCUGCAGGGACUGGAGUCACCUGCCCACCCCACCCCACCUCGUUUCUCUCUUUGCAUCGUCCUGGUUUCAGCUUCUUGUCCCACAUGGUCCUGUCCAUCCCUGGGUAGCCAACACCCCACCCCCCCCUAAAUCUUCCAGUCUGUGCCCAGGGCCAAGGCUGACCCCAGUCCCCAGUCCUGGAGGGCUAGCCUGGUCUCUGGCCCUCCUGGAAGCACUGGGGGGCCAUGCCGACCUGGGCUCUGCUGACCUCUCAAGGGCAGUGGUCACCACCAAGGAGGCCCACAGGGACGGGAGGAGAGGAGAGUCACUUUCUGCAGAGGGUCCUCGGGCAGCUGUGCACGUUGAAGGAGGGACUUGGGGGCACAUGGCUCGGGGGAGGGGGCCGAUGGUCCGUUCUGGAGCGCUCUGGGUAGAGAGGCCCCUUCGCUGGCUGUUCUGUCCAGAGGACUCUUGGGGUCAGGAGCCGUUGAGUGCCAGCCCCCUUGGGCCGGGGCUGGAUGCCCCUCGGACUGCCAGCCCGGCUGUCGUCUCAGCCGGAUGAUGGAGCCCUUUGUGGGAGCUCCAUCGACACCUGCUCCGAGUGAGGGCACCCCACCCAGCCCUGCACCCGCCCCUCAACCUUUCACCCAACCCAGGCAGGCAGGCCCUCCGCCCCUGGGGCGGGGGCGGGGGGCGGGGUCUCUCAGGUUCAACUGGCCUCUUUUGCACUGUAAUGCCCUCCCUUUGGUCUGAGUACUUUCUAUUUUCAUGCUUCGUACUCCGUGAACCCAGCAUUUGUCAGUCGGGCCGGGGGUAGGGGUUGGGGAGGAGCCCUGUCUUCUCAGCCCAUGAGGGGGGAUGCUCUGCGAUGCCUGUCUUCUUCCCGCUGCUGCCCUCCAGAGAGAGGCCCCAGAGUGGGGGUGGGCAUGGGGGCUGUGGAUGCCCUCCCCCCAGGGCUGGAAGGGGAGAUGCCGGCCUCCAGGCCUCUAGGGAGGAGGGGGUCCAUUCUUUGCCCUCCGGAGUCUGGCCCGAGCUGAGCGUGAGGCACAUGGGCAGAGGGUGUGGAAGCUUCCACAAACACGUCCUUUCUCUGGCACCCCAGCCCGCCCUUAACGUGGUGGCCCGGGCGAGGCGUCCCCUGCCCCGUCUACCGUCUGAGGCAGAGACGGGGCGCGCCCACGCCUGCCUAGUUGCCCCUCUUCCCAGACUCUCCCCGCAAGUCUUGGCAGCCUUUGUGGGCAUGCUUGGGUCAGGCAGGGGGACGCCGGCACCCUCAGGGGCCUCCCUCUGGGACCCCCUCCCCCUGGGAACGUAGACCGCCCCCCGGCCCACCACCCUGGUGCCUUCUGCAGCCAGAUGCACCCUGUCCACGCCCAGCCCCCUCCCGCUCCCCUGGACCCCUCGGGAACGUGGUGGCUCCAGUGGGGAAAACCCAGGAUGGGGCGCUUUGCUGGGGGGUCGGCCUCGUGGGCUGGCUGCCCGUAAAGCACUGAGGUCCCCAGGCCACCCCCUCCCAAAGCCAGAAACUCCCUGGCCCGUCGCCGCUCAGCCUUCCGCGGCCCCGCCGGCACGGCAGCAUCUUGGGCCCUUGGGGCUGCCCUUUCGUCUUCUCCUCGGUCCGCUGUCAUCGAUGUUGUCAUGCAGUGCUGUUUGUCUGAAAGAUGAUGGUGGGGAAACGGCACGUUACUCAGUAGAGAGGUAGGAUUUUUAUUUAACCAGACCUUCAGUAGUAUUACCAAUCUGGUUCAACUAAGGUGAUUUUUUGUAAUUAUUAUUAUUAUUAUUAUUAUUAUUUUGGUGGGACAAUCUUUAAUUUUCUAAAGAUAGCACUAACAUCAGCUCAUUAGCCAUCCUGUGCCCGUCCCCGCCUGCUGGACGCUUCCGGCACGUCCCCUCCCCGCUUGGACAUCAGAUGGGCCUCCCGAGGCCAAGGAGCGAAGACGACCACGCCCCGGCUUUGGAAGGUGUUGGCAAAGCCAGACUCCGGCUCGUCCCCCGUCGGGCGUCUCCUUGGAAGCUGGCCUGCCCGGGGACGUCCGCCCAGAUGGCUCCCGGGUCAGCCCCUGGCCCUCUCGUCCCCUGGGGGGGAAGACGGCGCCACACUCUCGGUGUUCCGGAAGGAUUCGGGCUGGCAGGCCGGUGGCCAGUGCUGGAGACCGUGCCGAGCUUCCUCCUCCGUGGGGGCCGCUGGGGGGGCCCGGCCGGAACGUGCAGCCAGUGGGUAAUCGGCUGAUGUCCCCAUCGCGGAAUUCGGUCCCUGCCCACGCAGGUGUGUGGUGUACGACGUACGUGCUGUACAGAGACCCUGUGUGCACAGACCUGCUUUUGCCAUCCGCGCACACGUACCAGUUACCAGCGUUUUCUGUUUAUUUUUAAUCAAGACUUUCCUCCCCCCCCCCGCCCCGGCCCCCGUUUUCCUACAAAUUUGCUUCAUGUAAGCAAGUACGUAAGGACCCCUCCUUUGGUGAAAUCCGGGUUCGAAUGAAUAUCUCGUGGCAAGGAGAUGCAUCUAUUUUAAGAUGCUUUGGAGCAAACAGGUUUAGCCGUUCCCAGUUCUUAGAAUGCCUUAUAGCCGGGAUGCGUAGCUCACACUUAGAGAGGAUGACAAAUACAUACAGAGAAAAGAGAUGUCUAAAGCAUCGGGAAAGGUAGAAAAAAAUCUAUUUUUGUACAAAUGUAAUUUUAUCCCUCGUGUAUACUUGGAGGAUGUGGCGGGGAGGGGGGACUUGUUUUGUUUCUGCUUCUAGAGAUUGAGGUGAAAGCUUUCUGAGUCAACGUCGGCACGCAAGGUGGGGCGGAGGAGGGCUCUCGGGACGGGGCACGGGCUGCAGACGAAACCGCUGCACAUAGACGUUUUCCUUCUGGGGCAGGAAGGUGGGCCUGAAACUUUCAAGGGUUUUCUUCCCCUUUCGAGUAAUUUCUAAGCCUUGCUCUGUUCUGUCCCUGUUGCCAGCUGGCCUUCCCGAGACUCUUGACUGUGAAAUUCCUUCCCCACGUGACUGUUCUCGAAAACUUCGCGGCCGCAGGUGCCGGGGAUUCACGAACAAUGGUGUUAGAAUUGUGGACAAGAGAAACUCAAAGCCAGACGUGAGAGGAGAAACAAACAAAACAUGAGUGUUUAAAAAUACAUCCCCAUUCAGUUCGCCUUUGUGCUGGUGGGGUUUUCCUGUCGGUCUGGAAGUCAGCCAUAGCGGGGGCUUCCGGCCGCCCUGGACGGGGAGGUCCUGCCGGCCUCGCCCUGACCUGGGCCGGGGCCACACCAGGUGCCCCAACUGCA